AUGUCGCCCUACUCAGCACUUUCUGUCCUCUUCCUAGUACUACUCCCCCUUAAAGCUACAUCAACUGAAGACUGGCACUAUACUCACCAAGAAGAUCCUACUGAUCCUGAUGAAUCCAUCAUGGAGCGUCGCUGGCAGCUGGGCUACGAGCACUGGCGACUUCGCUGUGAAAAGUUCGAGGCGACGGAAGAGAACCAGACUUCACCCAUAGCCACUCGAAUAGCUGGCGGGGAACUGGCCACGCGCGGCAUGUUUCCGCAUCAAGUGGCUCUGGUGAUUCAGCAGAGUGCCGGAGCACUCAUCCAGUGCGGUGGUUCCCUCAUCACAAAGCAGUUUGUCCUAACGGCAGCUCACUGUUUGGUAGAUGCCAUCGGGGCGAAGAUUUACUCGGGUGCCACUAGAUUCGCAGAUGUCAAGGAUGCUGAAGAGGAGUUCCUAGUCAGCCAUAAGGACUUUAUAAUCUAUCCUGGUUACCUGGGCUUUGGUGGCUACAAUGAUCUGGCCUUGAUACGGCUGCCUAGGAAGGCACUAAUCUCUGAUAGUGUGCAGCCCAUAGAGCUGGCUGGGGAGUUUAUGAAUCAGAAAUUUCUAGAGGGUCAGCCAGUGACACUUACAGGUUGGGGCAGUCUAGGAGACUUAAAAGAAGAUACUCCGCGAGAGGAUACCCCUCUUCUUUACUUCCUCGAUGUGGAGGUGCUUGAUCAGGAGCGCUGUGUGUGCCAUUUCUUGCCCGGAUUGGUAAGCCAGCGACGACACCUCUGCACUGAUGGCAAGUUUAACCGUGGCGCCUGCAAUGGCGACUCUGGUGGGCCACUGGUCCUCCACUGGCACAAUGUCAGCUACCUAAUUGGGGUCACCUCGUUCGGUAGUGCCGGCGGCUGUGAGCUGGGGGCGCCCACUGUCUACGCCAGGAUAACCGCAUAUUUGCCAUGGAUCCGACAGCAAACCAACAACGACCAACUAAAUGCAAUUAACGCCUAA